AUGCUUGGUUGGGGGACUUGUGCGCCCUGCGUAGGGCAGGUAGCAACAUUGUACGCCUGUCAAAGGUGCCACAGUCACGGUGGGUGUUCCGGUACGAAGUCUGCGUUGAGGCAUUUUCCUAUCUGCGGCACCGAGCUGCGGCGCAUAUGCUAUUUGAAGCCAAUUAUGAACGCACAGCUAGAGGGGUUCUACGCGAUGGACGUGUUCGGACUCACGCGUGAGCAUGUCAUUGAGUGGUGUCUUCACGACAAACCAGUUGUGGCUGUUGCGGACACGAAUGCGAAUGACCCAAAGGGCCGUGACGCCAAAAUGACCGUUGCACGGGUUGUUCCUUGCAUCACUGCACCCUCACUUCUUUUAAAAGACUCUUUUUUUUCGUUUUUUUUGUUUUUUUUUUGUGUGCUUAUCUUCUCUUGCUUUUCUGUGAUAGUUGUUUCUUUUUUUUUUGAUUAA